AUGAACAACAACGAGAAACUGCUGUUUUUUGACCCUGAUCGAUUAGACGAAGUCACUCCCUGCACCUCGAUGGCCAACGAGUCCAAUCCGUGUCCGUGCAACAUUGGUGAUCGGAUGGAGUAUGGAGGUCUUGGUCAGGAGGUGCAGAUUGAGCACAUUCAUGCUUAUGUCGUAAAGCCUACGGCUGCGUCUGAGAAGGCCAUUAUUGUUAUACAAGACAUAUACGGAUGGAAACUUCCCAACACCAGAUUCAUUGCAGAUAUGAUUGCAUCCAAUGGAUACACUGCUGUGUGUCCGGACUUUUUUGUGGGAAAAGAGCCAUGGAGUCCAUCGCAUGAUUGGUCCAAAUUUGAGGAGUGGCUUGGAGACAAAAAAGCCACCAACAUAAAGAAAGAAGUGGAUGCCACCAUCAAGUUCCUCAAACACCAGUGUGGGUACCCGGAAAUAAAGGCUGGAGUCUCAAUAUAUGGAAUCAUACGAAUGAUGGAGGACAAGUUUGACCUUAAAUCCCCCACCCUGUUCAUCUUUGGGGAGAAAGAUACCCAUAUUCCUCUUGAUCAGGUACAAGUCUUUGAACAUAAUCUUAAAGAGAAUUGUCAAGUGGAGUAUCGGGUAAAAAUCUUUCCCGGUCAAACCCAUGGCUUUGUUCAUCGCAAGAGGGAAGACAUAAAUCCAGAAGACUCAGCCCAGAUCCAGGAGGCCAGGAGAGACAUGUUGAACUGGCUCAAUAAAUAUAUGUAG